GGCGGUUCCGGCGCUACUGACACCAGCGUGAUGACGUAGUGACGCUUGGACAUCACUUCCGGUUUCCUCCAGUGCGGCAGCGAGGGAGCCUUUGGUGUCUGGGACGGCUCUUAGGCUAUUUAGCCACUGUGAGACAUGGCCAGAGCACUGAGUGAUAUCAGGUAUUGAUUUAACUGGUGUGAAUAAGGGAACCUUCUUCUUGCGCACAGACAUUGGAGCCUGUUAUCAGCAUGAACUCAUAUGUGUUAGACAAACACGUCAAUAGUUCAUAUCUAUCCUUCACUACAGGAAGCAUCAGAACGAUACCGCAAACUCCAAUAGUCUUAGACACUAAUGACUAUUCACAAACAUUGGGGAUAUCACAGCAGAUAUUUAAAGGAGAUGGUGAAUUUGUAGGAACUGGGAAGCAAUCAUUAUGUACAGAGGGUAAUUUAGUCAUCAAACAAGAGGACAACAUUUGUGACUUAUCUAGUGAAAUUAUUAUCCCCGAGGAUAAACCACACAUAUUUACUGAGUUUUCAAAACAUAUUAAAGAAGGGAAAAGUCUACAGUCUAGCCAAAAAAUUCAUACAAAUGAGCAACCUUUCCAAUGUACAGAGUGUGAGAAAAGCUUUAGAUGGGAGUUUCAUCUAUUAGAACACUACAAAAUUCAUACAGAUGAGAAACCACACACAUGUACUGAGUGCGUCAAAUGUUUUACACAAAUGGAUCAUCUAAAAACUCAUAAAAAUAUUCACACAGGAGAAAAGCCUUUCACAUGUGUAAAGUGUGGAAAAUGUUUUACACUAAUAUGUCAUCUGAAUACUCAUGAAAGGAGUCACACAGGGGAAAAUCUUUUCACAUGUACAGAGUAUGGAAAAAGUUUUGCACGAAUAAGUCAUCUGAAUACUCAUGAAAGGAGUCACACAGGAGAAAAUCCUUUCACAUGUACAGAGUGUGGAAAAGGUUUUGCACAAAUAAAUAGUCUGAAAACUCAUGAAAGGAUUCACACAGGAGAAAAUCCUUUCACAUGUACAGAGUGUGGAAAAGGUUUUGCACAAAUAAAUAGUCUGAAAAAACAUGAAAGGAUUCACACAGGAGAAAAGCCUUUCACAUGUACAGAGUGUGGAAAAAGUUUUACACAAAAGAGUGAUCUGAAAAGGCAUGAAAGGAGUCACACAGGAGAAAAGCCGUUCACGUGUGCAGAGUGUGGAAAAAGUUUUACACAAAAGAGUUAUCUGAAAACUCAUGAAAGGAGUCACACAGGAGAAAAUCCUUUCACAUGUACAGUGUGUGGAAAAAGUUUUACACGAAUGGAUUGUCUGAAAACUCAUGAAAGGAUUCACACAGGGGACAAGCCGUUCACGUGUGCAGAAUGUGGAAAAAGUUUUACACAAAAGAGUUAUUUGAAAACUCAUGAAAGGAGUCACACAGGAGAAAAUUCUUUCACAUGUACAGAGUGUGGAAAAAGUUUUACACAAAUAAAUAGUCUGAAAAAACAUGAAAGGAUUCACACAGGAGAAAAGCCUUUCACAUGUACAGAGUGUGGAAAAAGUUUUACACAAAUAAAUAGUCUGAAAACUCAUGAAAUGAUUCACACAGGAGAAAAGCCUUUCACAUGUACAGAAUGUGGGAAAUGUUUUGCACUAAUAAAUAGUCUGAAAACUCAUGAAAGGAUUCACACAGGAGAAAAGCCUUACACAUGUACAGAGUGUGGAAAAAGUUUUACACAUAUAAAUAGUCUGAAAACUCAUGAAAGGAGUCACACAGGAGAAAAGCCUUUCACAUGUACAGAGUGUGGAAAAAGUUUUACACAAAACAGUGAUCUGAAAACUCAUGAAAGGAUUCACACAGGAGAAAAGCCUUUCACAUGUACAGUGUGUGGAAACAGUUUUACACAAAAGAGUGAUCUGAAAAAGCAUGAAAGGAUUCACAUGGGAGAAGAGCCUUUCACAUGUACAGAGUGUGGAAAAAGUUUUACACAAAUAAAUAGUCUGAAAACUCAUGAAAGGAUUCACACAGAGGAAAAGCCGUUCACAUGUACAGAGUGUGGAAAAAGUUUUACAGAAAAGAGUCGUCUGAAAAGUCAUGAAAGUAUUCAUACAGGAGAAAAGCCUUUCACAUGUAUCGAGUGUGGAAAAUGUUUUACAGAAAAGAGAAGUCUGAAAAAACAUGAAAGGAUUCACAAAGGAAGAAACCUUUCACAUGUUUAGAAAGUGGAAAAAAGGUUUUUAUUGAAAUCCGGUAUCACAAAACACUUAAUAUUUACACACAAACUUUAUAUACACAGUGUAAAAACCUUUUUUACAAUUAUCCUAGAGGACAAACUCUCUAAAUAGAAGGAUCAAAAAGGAUGAUAUUGUAAAUAAUACUUUCUAAAUCCCAGUUACAAAAGCCCCAGAUUUAAAGUGCUCCUGUGCACCUCAAUUUCUCUCAUAUAAAUAUGAUAGAAUACAAACACAACACAUGAAUAAAGUAGCUGUCCUCCUACUGACCAGUUUACACAACCAUUCACCAGUGUUAGGAGUUUUAAGUUUUAUUUACAUAGGGGAGGAAAUAAUUAUAUUUACAGAAUAGAGCUUUAGAAACUUAAAUAAACAAGAACAUCAGUCUCAAAUGAUUGACAUCUGGGAGAUAUAUUUAAUGUGCACAUCAUGUUGAUAAACCUUUUCUUAUAGCAAUAGAUGCUUAGCUUUGUGCAUGUUAUAUACCAGAGGAAUUACUGAGCGAAACUGAUUUUAUUUCAAUAUCAGUAACCGGUACAUACGUGAUCAUAAUCAGUUUAAUUUAAAUGGCUACUAUAACCUACAUGUAUACUGGGUAUGUAACAUGUAUGUCAUGUUCUGUAAUUUGAUAUUUUCAUGUUAGUUAGAAGCCACAAGAACUGAUAAUAGCACAUACUAUAUAUAUAAAGGGAACAUUAUAUGUCUGAUAAAUCUCUUUGUAUUAAGAGCACAAGUGGAAGGUAUAUUUAUACCAUUGUGUGCUUAUAUCAUGUAAUGCAGCUUUUGACUAUAUAAUAAUAUACAAUGUUUUUUCAUGCAAAUAAAAAGUGAUUAUAAUCCA